GUGGCCAUGAGCGCAGCCUGGCAGGGCAGCAAACCCAGCUUCAGCGUUCCCAAAAAGGCCGAGGCGCCAUGGAACAUCGUGCUGGCAUCACACCUGAAGCCCCUAGAGAAAAAGGACAAGAUGGGUAACAGGAGGAAUGUGCUGUGGAAUCCAUGUGCAGCCCACACCAAGGCCCCACAAACCAGCAACGUGGAAAUACCCCAGGAAUUGGAUAAACUUCCCAGAACCUCUGCAGAAUUUUACAGAGAUUGGCGCAGAUGCUUCAAAAGCAGAAAAGAAAAAUACCAGUUUUUGCUUGAACUCGGAGGGAAGGCCUUGGGCAGAAUCUUUCAGGCUGACUUGGGCUUUGGCCUCCUGGGUGAAUUCCUUGCAGUGCUGGCAGAGAACAUCUGUCAUGAAGACCGAGGUGCCAUCCUUCAGAUCUUACAGAGCCUGUCGGGCACUAAGCGCUUUGGGUUAAACGUGGAUCUUCUGAGCGAGUCGGAGAAAGAGAGCAGCAGGGAUUUGUUUAGGAAACUGUGGAGCAUGAGCAGGGAUUGUUGGACCGCUGGCCAUCCCAGUGGCCCAGCUGGCAGCGAAGCAGAGAGGGAAGCCCACCUCAUGGAUGCCAGCUUGCAAAAGGAAACUGAGGAGAAAAGGAAAGUGAUGGAGCUGAUGAAAAGUUACCAGGUCAACUGA